AUGCGCUGGAUGAAUACAAGAAGAAGGAUCCAGCGAAGGGCAAGUGCGAUCGUCGUCCGAUUCAAGUCUAUAGGGGCAGCACCUAUCAUGAAGAACAAUGUCUUCAAAGCUACCGCAGGACACAAGUUUCAGGCUGUCAUCAUGUUCCUGCGGCAGCAGUUGGGCACAAAGAAAGAAGACUCUCUAUUUACCUACAUCAACGCUGCGUUUGCACCAGCCCCUGACGAUACUGUGGGAAACCUGUACAAGGCGUUUGGUACUGAGGGACACUUGAUCGUCAACUACAGGUAA